CUCCGCCAGAUGAUGCGCGGUCUCCGCUCUCCGCUCUGUGGAUUGUUGUUGUUGAUAACACGAUGACACGGACUUUCAGCAGGAAAAAGGUCGAGGGUCGAGCUCGUCGAUAGAUGCUGCAACUCGUAUCUCGCACUCUGAGAUCGCGGAGCGUCAAGUGGAUCGAGCGGCCGGUAGAUAACAAAUCGUUCAUCCCGCUCGCGAGAAGGGGCUACGGCAGGAUGCCGAGGUAUUUAAAUCAAUCGGAAGCAAUCAACAUCGACAAGGACCUGUUCGACAAGUACAAGUUCAGCGUCGACCAACUGAUGGAGCUAGCCGGGCAGAGCUGUGCUGUCGCGAUCGCGAAAUCCUACCCACUAUCGGGGGGCCCCGGCGACCCGAGCAGCAGGGUGCUGGUGUGCUGCGGGCCCGGCAACAACGGCGGCGACGGCCUGGUCUGCGCCAGGCACCUGAAGCACUUCGGAUACUCGCCGGAGAUUUACUAUCCGAAACGGACGAAUAACGAGCUCUACGAGAGGCUGCUGCAUCAGUGCGUCGAGAACGGUAUCCCGAUAUUGGAGAAUCAGCGAAUAGAGAGGGCAACCGAUUCCGAAGUUCUCCAGGAAUACGCGAUCGUCGUGGACGCCCUUAUGGGAUUCAGUUUCAGGCCGCCGGUGAGAGAGCCGUUCGUCCGUAUCGUCGACCUGCUGAAGAGCACGAGCGUUCCCAUUUGCAGCGUGGACAUCCCGUCGGGCUGGAACGUCGAGGAGGGGCCGCCCGCGGACGGCGGCAUAAAGCCGCAGAUGUUGAUAUCUCUCACGGCCCCGAAGAUGUGCGCGUCGAAGUUCGAUGGGAGAUUUCACUAUCUGGGCGGUAGGUUUGUCCCUGAGAAGCUGGAGUCGCAGUACAAUCUCAAUUUACCGAAAUACCCCGGCACGGACCUCGUCGUUCAGCUGCGCUAACGAAGGGUUGUUGAAAGCGUGAAGAGAGUGCGUUAUAACAUUUGACGGAUCUUGUUAGAUACUUGAGAAACGUCAAGAGACUUGCAAUUACCAAUCGCAACUCAUUUCUCGUUUCAAGUUUUCAACUGUGAAUGUAAUUAUCAUUCAAUUUCAUACGUCAUUAUUAUGGAUAAGCAUGAACUCUAGUAUGUAUACCUCUGAAUUUGUAUUUAAUUGUUUCUAAAUAAAACCCAAUGUUUCCCUAA